UCUAUUCGUGAAACCCAAUUGAAAGUUAUUUGAAUCCGAAUUCCUUUCUGUUUUAUCAUAACUUUUGUUUUUUUGCCAUUUAAACAGCAAAAGAGAUUAAAAAAAAAUCAAAACCAGAAAAUAGUGAAGGAAAAUUUUCUCAUAUAUGAUGAAGAGAUUGGUUUCAGCUUAAUUAAUUUGAUACUCCUUAGAUUUUCUUGAAACGUGGUUGGAGAUCUUUUAGAAGCCACUCUGCAUCAGUCUUGUAGAACUCUUGUUGUUCCAUUCGUUCAUAGUACAGUUUCAGGCUGAUUGAAGUUAGAAGGAAGAGGAAAGGAAAAGAGAAUCAAUGGAAGUUGUAACAUUAGUAGUUGGAAAAGUAGCAGAUUACAUGGUGGUGCCUAUUGGACGUCAAGCGGGUUAUUUGAUAUUCUACAAUAGGAAUUUGAAGGAGUUAGCUAAUCAAGUUAAGGACCUCAAUGGUACAAGAGAAAGAAUAAUCCAUUCGGUGGAAGAAGAAAGGAGAAAUGGAAAAGAAAUUGAAAUAGAUGUGGUGAAUUGGUUGGAGGAAGUGAAGGAAGUAAUUGAAAAUGCAAAUCGACUUCAAGAAGAGUCUCUUCAUGCCAAUGUCAAGUGCUCAAAUUUUAUUUUGCGUCAACAACUAAGUCGGAAAGCCACAAAGAUUACAAAAGUUGUUGCUCAAGUACAAGGAAAAGGGAAGUUUGAUAGAGUUGGGUACCUUCCGAUAAUCGUAGAUGGAGUUUUUGAAACAAUAGAUGGUGAAAAUCAUGAGACAAGAAAGUUAUUUAAGGAGAAAGUUGUGAAUGCUCUAAAAGACUCUAAUUCUAGGAACAUUGGGGUGUAUGGGCUAGGCGGGGUGGGUAAGACCACUCUAGUGGAGGAAGUUGGUGAAAUAGCCAAACAACACAAAUUAUUCGAUGACGUUGUUAUUGCACAUGUAUCAAAAAAUCCAGACUUUAAAAUAAUUCAAGGGGAGAUUGCAGACUUGUUGCGUUUGCGGUUUGAUGAGGAGACUAUUGCUGGUAGAGCACAACGUCUAAGACAAAGAAUCAAGAUGGAGAAAAAUAUACUUAUCAUUCUAGAUGAUGUAUGGAACAUACUUGAUUUGAAGAAAGUGGGAAUUCCGUCAUAUAAUGAACAUAAUGGUUGCAAAUUGCUUAUAACUUGUAGAAAUCAAGAUGUGUUGUUGCAAAUGGACGUUCCAAAGGACUUCACUUUUAGACUUGAACUUCUAAGUGAAAUUGAGACAUGGAAUUUGUUUCAAUUUAUGGCUGGGGAUGUGGUUAAAGAUGUGAAAUUGAAAGAUAUAGCAAUCCAAGUUGCCAAAAAGUGUGCUGGUUUGCCUCUUAGCCUAGUGACUGUAGCGCGUGCAUUGAGAAAUAAGAGGGAUGUACAGUCUUGGAGGGAUGCACUUAGACAAUUACAAAGUAAUGAUCAUGGGGAGAUGGACGCAUUAACUUACUCUGCUUUGGAGUUGAGUUACGAGUCAUUGGAGAACGAUGAAAUGAAGGAAAUGUUCUUGCUUUUUGCUUUAAUGGUAGGUGUUGAUGUAGAGGGAUUUUUGAAUUUAGUAAUAGGUUUAAACAUAUUUAAGCAUAUUAAUACCAUUGAUGAUGCAAGAAACAGAAUUUACAACAUACUAGAAUCUUUGAAGGCGACUUGUCUAUUGCUUGAAGGUAGCAGUAAAACAAGUGGAGGAAAGAUCGAAAUGCAUGAUUUUGUUCGUGAUGUUGCUAUCUACAUAGCACGUAGGGAUAAACACGUAUUUAUAAGGAAAUCCCCAGAUGAAGCAAAAUGGCCAACACAUGAUACAUUAAAAAGGUGUUCACAGAUCAUCUUAUACGGGUGUCAUACUCACGAGCUUCCUCAAACGGUAGAUGCUCCGAACCUUAAGCUUUUCUUUUUAAAUAGUGGAGAUCGUUCUAUAGAAAUACCAGAAACCUUUUUUGAGGGGAUGACAAGCCUUAAAGUCCUAAGUUUAACAUGCUUCAACUUCUCUUCAUUGCCCAUUUCAUUCCGAUCCCUAACCAACCUUCACACUUUAAUUUUGGAUUUUUGCAUUUUGGAAAAUAUGGAUGCAAUAGAAGCUUUGACAAAUUUAGAAAUUCUUCACCUCUGGAAAUCAUCAAUGAUCAAGCUGCCAAGUGAAAUAGGGCGAUUGACUAAACUCAGAAUGCUUUAUUUGCACGAUUCGGGAAUAGAAGUAAUCCCACCCAACAUCAUAUCAAGAUUGACCAAAUUGGAGGAGUUAUACAUGGGAAAUACUAGUAUUAAUUGGGAAGAUGUGAAUUCAACCAAUGUUCAAAGCAAAAAUGCUAGUAUUGCUGAGCUUCGAAAAUUAUCUAACUUGACAGCUCUAGAAUUACAAAUUCGUGAGACAUGGAUGUUGCCAAGGGACAUGCAAUUGAUGUUUGAGAAGCUGACAAAAUAUAAAAUAGCUAUUGGAGAUGUAUGGGAAUGGUCUGACAUUAAGGAGGAUGGAAUCAUAAAAACAUUGAUGCUCAAACUUGGUGGUACCAACAUACAUUUAGAGCACGGAAUUAAAGCAUUAGAGCACGGAAUUAAAGCAUUGAUUAAAGGGGUUGAGAGUUUGUACUUGGAUGAAGUAGAGGGCAUUCAAAAUGUUCUUUAUCAACUUAAUGGGGAAGGGUUUCCAAUGUUGAAGCAUCUCCAUAUCCAAAACAAUGCAAACAUCAAGCACAUUGUUGACACUAAGGAAAUGAAUCAAAUCCAUGUUUCUUUUCUCAUGUUGGAAACACUAGUUAUUUAUAAUCUUAAAAACUUGGAGCAUAUUUGCCAUGGCCCACUUGCUAGUAAUUCUUUUGAAAGUCUUAGUGCUAUUAAAGUCAAAAAUUGCGUCCAGUUAAAAUAUCUUUUCUCCUUUACAAUGGUUAGAGGACUUUCCCAUCUUUCCGAGAUCCAAGUUUGUCAAUGCAAUUCUAUGAAGGAGAUAGUGCUGAGAGACAAUUACAGUGCAAGUGCAAAUAAUCAUGAUAUAACUGAUCAAAAUAUUGAGUUUCUUUCGUUGCGUUAUUUGACUUUGGAACAUUUGGAGACACUUAAUAAUUUCUUCUCUUAUGAGUUGACUUCUUCCAGAAGUAAGCAAAAAUAUCAAGCAUCAGAUUCCUAUGUUUCAAAACCAUUUUUCAGUGCUCAGGUUUCAUUUCCUAAUUUGGAUAUCCUUAAAUUGAGCUCUCUCAAUUUGAAUAAGAUUUGGGAUGACAAUCAUCAUUCUAUGUACAACUUGACUACAUUGAUUGUGGAGAAUUGUGGUGGGUUGAAGUACUUAUUCUCAGAUUCUGUAGUUGGAAGUUUUAUGAACCUCAAACACCUUGAAAUUAGUAAUUGUCCUUUGAUGGAGGAGAUAAUAGCUAAAGAUCAAGAGACAAAUAAUGGUAGUAAUAAUGCAUUGAAAGAGGAUGAUUUUUUAAAAUUAGAGAAAAUCAUAUUGAAGGACAUGGACAAUUUGAAGACAAUAUGGCACCCGCAAUUUGAAACAUUGAAGAUGUUGCAUGUAAGCAAUUGUAAGAAAAUUGUGGUGGUUUUUCCUUCUUCAAUGCAAAAAACGUAUAAUAAGAUAGAGUUAUUGGAGGUUACAAAUUGUGGUUUAGUGGAAGAGAUAUUUGAAUUGAAUUCUGAUGAAGAUAGUGGUGUAGAGGCUAUAACAAAUUUGAAAGAAGUUUACAUAGAUGGAUUAUCGAUGCUGAAAAAGAUAUGGAGUGGGGAUCCUCAAGGAAUUCUUAGCUUUCAAAAUCUAACAAAUAUACAAUUGAAUAAUUGUGUUUGCUUGGAGUAUCUAUUACCACUUUCUAUAGCCACUCGUUGCUCAGAUCUCAAAGAACUUCAUAUAAAGUCAUGUUGGAACAUGAAGGAAAUUGUUGCAGAGGAGAAAGAAUCUAAGCGUGCAACUCUCAAAUUUGAGUUUAAUCAAUUGAGUACUUUACUACUUUGGGACUUAUGUCAUCUCAAAGGUUUCUAUGCCGGAAAUCAUACCCUAACAUGUCCAUCUUUGAGAAAAAUUGAUGUUUACAAUUGUGCAAAAUUGACUUUGUACAAAAGUAUUCUAUCUACAUGUAGCUCCCAAACUAGUUUUCGAGAUGACAGAUUUUCAAUUUUAAAGCAACAACCACCUUUCAUUACGGAAGAGGUGAUUCCAAAUUUGGAGCAUUUGAGAUUUAAACAUGAGGAUGCUAACAUGAUAUUGCAAGCCCAACAUUCAAGUACUCUCUUCACCAAAUUAACAUUUCUUGGUUUGUCUAAUUAUAAGAAUGAAGAAGCUACAUUUCCUUAUUGGUUUCUCCAAAAUGUGCCAACUCUUGAGUCGCUAACUAUUGAUUGGAGUUUCUUCAAGAAGAUAUUCCAAGAUGAAGGAGAAGGACAAAUAAGUGAUACACGGCUCAAAACGUUGACAUUAAAUGGAUUACCUAAACUUCAAUAUAUAUGUGAAGAAGGGUCCCGAAUUGACCCAGUUCUUGAGUCCCUUGAAUACUUACAUCUUUAUAGUUGUUCUACAUUGACAAAUUUGUUGCCUUCUUCCGCCACACUUAAUCAUCUCACACAUCUGGGGAUAACAGAUUGCAAUGGGCUAAAAAGUUUAUUUAGAUCUCCUAUAGCUCAAAGUUUGGACAAGCUCACAACAUUGAAGAUAAAAUGUUGCAAUGCACUUGAAGAAAUAAUUGUUGGAGAAGAAAAUAUUGUUGACAUUGCAUUUGUUAGUUUAGAAAUAUUAAUGUUGGAAUGUUUGUCAAGCCUUAAUAAAUUUUGCUCUAGUAAAUGCUUCUUAAAGUUUCCAUUGUUGGAGGAAGUCAUUGUGAGGGAAUGUCCUCGCAUGAGGAUUUUUUCAGAUGGAAACACAAGUACACCAAAUCUUCGAAAAGUGAAAACUGCAGAAAACGACCAAGAACGAUUUUGGAAAGGAAACAUAAAUGAUACAAUAAACAACAUGUUUCUAGAUAAGGUUGCAUUUCGCCAAUUCAAAUAUUUAGCUUUAUCAGACUACCCUGAGCUAAAAAAUGUGUGGUAUGGCAAACUUGAUGAGAAUUUUGGAUUUAGCAAUUUGAAAUCUCUAGUGGUGGAAAAGUGUGAUUUCUUAUCAAAUGUGCUUUUUCCAUCAAAUGCAUUACAAGUCCUACAUAGAUUGGAAGAUUUGGAAGUAAGAAACUGUGAUUCUUUAGAAGCAUUGUUUGAUGUGAAAGGUAUGAAGUCUUCUAAAGAAAUAUUGAGCAGUCAAUUGAAAAGAUUGACUUUGUCUAGCUUGCCAAAACUGAAGCAAAUAUGGAGCACUGAUCCUUAUGAAAUUAUGAGCUUUGGAAACUUAUGGACGGUUAACAUUUCUAUAUGUCAAAGCUUGUUAUAUGUCUUUUCAUUGUCGUUAUGCAAAGAUCUUGGAAAUCUUAAAUUGCUUGAGUUAAACACUUGCGGAGUGAAAGAAAUUGUUGCAACGGAAGAUGAAGGAUCAAUGGAAAUUAACUUUAAUUUUCCUCAAUUGACUCAAAUGACAUUACGUCUUUUGACAAACCUUAAUAGUUUCUAUCGAAGAAAGCAUACUUUAGAGUGUCCUUUAUUGAAGGCUUUGAAUGUAUAUCGUUGUGAAAGAUUAAGAAUGUUUUCCUUGAAUUUUUUAGACCCAGUGGAUCACGAUGAAAGUCACAAUGAUAUGCUAUUUCAACAACCCUUGUUUUCUAUCGAAAAGUUAUGCUACAAGUUGGAGGAUUUCACAAUAAAUGCCACAGAUGCCUUUAGAAUGUUGAAUGCUUACUGUCAAGAAAAUAUCUUUUCCAAAAUACGACUUCUUCGUUUGCAAUGCUUCGAUGAAACUCCAACUAUUUUUCUGAAUGAUUUCCAUGCAAUAUUUCCUAAUCUUAAAACUCUUACAGUGCGAAAUAGUUCUUUUGAAGUAUUAUUCCCUGUUGCAAAAGGAAGUACAGUUAGCAAUCUCAAUAAGAAAAUUUCUAAGCAAAUAACAGAACUAUGGCUCUACGAAUUGGAAAAUAUCAAGUAUAUUUGGCAUGAAGAACUUCCACUAGACCAUCCUCUACUACAAGAUCUUGAAGGUUUAAUAGUCUGGAGUUGUCCAAGUUUGUUAAGUUUGGUACCAUCAUCAAUUGCUUUCACAUAUUUAACCUACUUGGAUGUGGACAAAUGCCAAGAGAUGAUUUAUUUGAUAACAUCCACAACAGCUAAAAGUCUAGUUCAACUCACAAGAUUAAAAAUAACUAAUUGUCACAAGAUUUUGGAUGUUGUGAUGAUUGAUGGUGAUGAAGACGACAUCAUUUUUGAAAAGUUGCAACACUUGGAGUUUACUUCUUUGUCAUGUUUGAGAAGCUUUUGCUAUGGGAAACAAACAUUCAUAUUUCCAUCUUUGGUACAUAUGAUUGUUAAAGGAUGUCCUCAAAUGAAGAUCUUUUCAUCAGGAUCUAUAGUGGCAUCAUACCUAAGAGAAAUUGAGGUGGAAGAUGGAAAUAUGACAUGGAGAGGUGAUCUUCAUACAACUAUUCAACAAAAUUUCAUUCAGCAGGAAGUCCCACGUUCUAAUAUGUUGAAUGAGACUAUUAUAUGCUCUUCACAUUUGCAAGAUGGUGAGACAAUUGCAGAUGAAGCAAUAGCUGACGAGGAAGAGACAGAGUAAUUAGCAUGACGAUAAUGCAGUGGAUUAUAGUUUAUUUUUUAUUGAUUGUCAACAUGUUAUUUUGAAAUUCAGCUAUGAUUGAUUAGUGUGAAAAUGAUUUAUAUUGAACUCUUUUGAUUUCGUUAUUUUUAUAUGUUUUUAAAUUGUGAUAUUGUUGGAUCUGUGUUGGUGACAACUGCUACAAGACUUUAAUAGUGAAGUUGUUGAUGAAGAUUAUAUGUAGCAAA